AUGACCAACUCACUUUGCAUAGGGUUGGUUUCAGAGAUUCCUUCAAAAGAAGCGACAGAUACUCUGAUUCUAUUUUUUCAUAAACUAUAUACACGAUGUGUUUGUGUAGUUGAGGGUGUUUCUCCUUACAAUGUUGUUGGUCCAAAUGUUCAUUCAACCCUAACAAAAAUAAAGCCUGAGUGGUAUUUUCUUCCGUUUUAUGCUAUCCUACACUCCAUUAAAAGCAAGAUAGGUGGAAUGGUGGUUGUUGUAUUGGUUACUGUUUGA